CGUAGGCGCGUGCGCACUACGCUCCUUGGAAACCAAAUUCGACAGCUCGGUGUCGAGACGCCGGUGUUGGCGAGUGGUUGGAGUUGUAGAAACUCAGCGGCAGUGAAAGAGGUCCGGUCGGCGACCGGACGAAUUCAGCAGCGGCUGGCGCAGUAAACGCGUGGCAGGCGGGAUGGGCCGGCGCCGGGCUCUGGAGCUGUACCGGGCCCCAUUCCCGUUGUACGCGCUUCAGGUCGACCCCGGCUCGGGGCUGCUCAUCGUAGCUGGCGGAGGAGGCGCCUCCAAGACUGGCAUAAAUAAUGGAGUGCAUUUUCUGCAGUUAGAGCAGAUUGACGGGUGCCUGAGUGCCUCUUUGCUGCACUCCCAUGACACAGAGACACGGGCCACCAUGAACCUGGCCCUGGCUGGUGACAUCCUAGCUGCGGGGCAAGAUGAGCACUGUCAGCUUCUGCGCUUCCAGGCCCAUCAGCAGAAGGGCAGCAAGGCAGAGAAGGCAGGUUCCAAGGAGCAGGGACCUCGACCAAGAAAGGGGGCAGCCCCAGCAAAGAAAAGGGGAGCUGAAACUCAGCGCGAGGAGUUAGAGCUCAAAGUAGAAAACCUGAAAGCAGUGCAGACAGACUUCGGCCUGCAGAAAGAUAUACUGCAGAAAGCUGUGUGUUUCAGCCCUGAUAAGACCCUGAUUGCCACUGGAGGGACAGAUGGCCACAUUCGUGUCUGGAAGGUACCCACCCUGGAGAAAGUUCUGGAGUUCAAAGCCCAUGAAGAUGAGAUCGAAGAUUUGGCUUUGGGGCCUGAUGGCAAGUUGGUAACCGUGGGCCGGGACCGUAAGGCCUUCGUCUGGCAGAAUGAUCAGCUGGUAACACAGCUGCACUGGCAAGAGAAUGGACCCAGCUUCUCCGACAUACCUUACCGCUACCGAUUCUGCAGGUUUGGGCAGAUUCCAGAUCAGCCUGCUGGGCUGCGACUCUUCACAGUGCAGAUCCCCCACAAGCACCUGCAGAAGAAGCGCCCGUCCUGCUACCUCACAGCCUGGGACGGUUCCACCUUCUUGCCUCUUCGCACUAAGUCCUGUGGCCACGAAAUCGUCUCCUGCCUCAAUGUCAGUGAAUCGGGCACCUUCCUAGGCCUGGGCAUGAUCACUGGCUCUGUUGCCAUCUACAUAGCUUUCUCUCUCCAGCGUCUCUAUUAUGUGAGAGAGUCUCAUAGCUUUGUGGUGACGAGUGUGGCCUUUCUCCCUGAGAAGAGUCGUGGAUCAGAGCUGCUUGGUUCCCACGAGACUGGCUUAGUCUCCGUGGCUGCCGACAGUCGUUGCCAGCUGCACCUGCUGCCCUCACGGCGCAGCAUUCCUGUGUGGCUGGUACUUUUACUAUGCGUUGGGCUUAUCUUCGUGACCAUUCUUCUGCUCCAGAGUGCCUUUCCAGGUUUCCUUUAGUUUUCCGGCUCUCUGGGAAUCGGGCCUGGACCGGCCAUCAUCUAGAGGGGACUGGAGGCCUAGAUUCCCAUUACUCACUCCAUUUGGGCCCACAACUGAAGAUGCCUCUGAUGAUGGGUACUACUUGCCUUUCUCAGUCAAAGCUUGGCUGUGGCCCUGCGUGACUCUGGGUCCUAGGAGCCCUACGUUCACCACCUGCAGAUCCACGCAGGACAGUGGUGUUUGAGUGCAGACCACACUACCUGCCUCCUCGUCUCUGCCCGUCAGAGGCUCCGAAGCUGAGCAUGUCCUCUGCAAACAUGUGAAGAUGCCCAAGAGCUUGGAGGCACUGCAUCCUUGCUGCAGAAACAAUCAGUUUCUCCUGCUGUCACACUCUUCACGUGAAGCCCCUGGCUUUUGCUGGGGCGCAAGGACUGGCCUGACACUUGCCAUUAUGACAUAGAGAGGCCAAAAAGAAGAAGACUCAGAUAGUCAUCUGUGGGUUCAGAUGGAUAGCACCAGGCCAGCCAGGCUAAAUAUGCAAUAAGUUCCCAAAUCCCUAUGCCAGACUUGAGGAAAGGGAAAAUAAACCUCAGCCUGUUAGGCAGGAAGGGUUGAUAUUUAAUAAAAAAGGGAAGACUGAAUUAAGCCCCCAA